UGGUUCGGUUAUUUAUGUAGGUCACAGGCCCGAGGCCGAGGGAGGGGCCUGGGUGCCACAGGUGCAGCCGUCACACAGUGAGUAUGCUGUGUGUGAUUUCCUGUCUUCGCCAGCUGUAAUUACACCGGGACGCAGUGCACUGCCUAGCGCGCUCACAUGUCACUGGUGUGUCGGCCACACACCUGAGUGUACAUAAAUAGAGCCGAGCAACCUGGACAUAAGGGUUCUUUAUUCCAUGCCUUGAGGUUUCAAUUUUCAAGUAUAAGAUGGAGACUGAGAGUGAGAGCAGCACUGUGGGAGAUGACAGUGUCUUUUGGUUGGAUUCUGAAGAUACCACCCAGAUGACUGACAGUGAAGUGGGAGAAAGGGAAGAAAAUUUCAGGAAGAUGAAGUCCUCGACGCAUUCUGAAGAGGACGAUUUUGUUCCCGAACUACACAGAAACGUGCACCCUCGGGAGCGGCCUGACUGGGAGGAAACACUCAGUGCGAUGGCAAGAGGAGCAGAUGUUCCUGAAAUUCCCGGAGACCUUAGUCUUAAGACAUGUGGCAGCACAGCCAGUAUGAAGGUCAAACAUGUGAAAAAACCCACCACCCCAGGACUGAUGGGCUGCGACAACAUCCACAGGUUACCCUUCACUAAAGGUCACUUCCCGAAGAUGGCUGAGUGCGCGCAUUUCCACUACGAGAAUGUUGAGUUUGGCAGCAUUCAGCUUUCGCUUUCAGAAGAACAGAAUGACAUAACGAAAAAUGGCUGUGAAUCUAAAGAGCUGGUCUACCUCGUGCACAUUGCGUGUCAGGGCAAAAGUUGGAUCGUUAAAAGAAGUUACGAAGAUUUUCGAGUACUUGACAAGCAUCUUCAUCUGUGCAUCUAUGACCGACGGUUCUCCCAGCUCUCAGAACUUCCCCGUUCAGACAUCCUGAAGGACAGCCCAGAGUCGGUCACUCAGAUGCUCGCCGCUUACCUGUCCCGCCUCUCCUCCAUCGCCGGCAACAAGAUCAACUGUGGCCCUGCCCUCACGUGGAUGGAGAUUGAUAAUAAGGGGAAUCACCUUCUAGUACAUGAAGAAUCAUCCAUUAACACUCCUGCCGUUGGCGCCGCCCAUGUCAUCAAGAGGUACACUGCUCGGGCCCCUGAUGAGCUGACCUUGGAGGUGGGCGACAUUGUUUCUGUUAUUGACAUGCCCCCCAAAGUGUUAAGCACGUGGUGGAGAGGCAAGCACGGAUUUCAGGUGGGGCUCUUCCCUGGACACUGUGUUGAGUUAAUUAAUCAGAAAGUUCCCCAGUCAGUGACCAACUCAGUGCCAAAACCAGUGUCUAAAAAGCACGGCAAGCUCAUCACUUUCUUACGUACAUUCAUGAAGUCUCGUCCGACAAAACAGAAGCUGAAGCAGCGGGGGAUCCUGAAAGAGAGGGUGUUUGGCUGUGACCUGGGGGAACACCUUCUGAAUUCUGGUUUUGAAGUACCCCAGGUUCUCCAAAGCUGCACGGCGUUCAUCGAGAGAUAUGGCAUUGUGGACGGGAUAUAUCGUCUCUCUGGCGUCGCCUCCAACAUCCAGAGACUGCGCCAUGAAUUUGACUCUGAACAUGUCCCCGACUUGACAAAAGAACCGUAUGUCCAAGACAUCCACUCGGUGGGCUCCCUCUGUAAGCUCUACUUUCGAGAGCUCCCGAACCCUCUGCUCACCUACCAGCUCUAUGAGAAAUUUUCAGAUGCUGUUUCAGCAGCAACAGAUGAAGAAAGGCUGAUAAAAAUUCACGAUGUCAUCCAGCAGCUCCCGCCUCCACACUACAGAACACUGGAGUUCCUGAUGAGACACUUGUCACUUCUAGCUGACUACUGUUCCAUCACAAACAUGCAUGCAAAAAACCUAGCGAUUGUUUGGGCUCCCAACCUGCUCAGAUCAAAGCAGAUCGAGUCCGCCUGCUUCAGCGGCACCGCGGCCUUCAUGGAAGUGAGGAUUCAGUCUGUGGUGGUCGAGUUCAUCCUCAAUCACGUCGAUGUCCUCUUCAGUGGGAAGAUCAGCGCGGCCAUUCAGGAGGGGGCAGCUUCUCUGUCAAGACCCAAGUCCCUGCUGGUUUCCUCACCGUCUACCAAGCUGCUGACGCUGGAGGAAGCCCAGGCAAGAACACAAGCUCAGGUCAAUUCUCCAAUUGUGACUGAAAAUAAAUACAUUGAAGUAGGAGAAGGGCCUGCUGCGCUUCAGGGGAAAUUUCACACCAUCAUCGAGUUUCCCCUUGAAAGGAGGAGGCCUCAGAAUAAAAUGAAAAAAUCUCCUGUGGGCAGCUGGCGUUCCUUUUUCAACCUGGGGAAAUCAUCCUCUGUUUCUAAGCGGAAGUUGCAGCGUAACGAGAGCGAGCCUUCCGAGAUGAAAGCGAUGGCCCUGAAAGGUGGCAGGGCAGAAGGAACCCUCCGUUCCGCUAAAAGUGAAGAGUCUCUUACUUCUCUGCAUGCAGGCGAUGGUGAUUCCAAGCUGUUCCGACCCAGAAGACCCAGGUCCAGCAGCGAUGCGCUGAGUGCCUCCUUUAAUGGAGAGAUGCUGGGGAACCGCUGCAAUUCCUAUGAUAACCUGCCCCACGACAAUGAGAGUGAGGAGGACGUGGGGCUGCUUCAUAUCCCAGCCCUGGUGUCUCCGCAUUCAGCCGAGGACGUUGACUUGAGCCCGCCGGACAUUGGUGUGGCCAGCCUGGAUUUUGACCCGAUGUCAUUCCAGUGCAGUCCGCCGAAGGCCGAAUCCGAAUGUCUGGAGAGCGGCGCUUCCUUCUUGGACUGCAUAGGGUACUCCAAGGAGAAAGCGAGUACAAACAGAAAGGAUACGGAAGCAGGCGGCAGUCAAUCUCAGACCCCAGGAAGCACUGCAAGCUCUGAGCCUGUGUCUCCUCUUCAGGAGAAACUGAGCCCGUUCUUCACCCUGGACUUGAGCCCAAGUGAGGAGAAAUCGUCGAAGCCAUCCUCAUUCACCGAAAAGGUCGUCUAUGCCUUCUCUCCAAAUAUUGGACGGAAGUUAAGCAAGUCGCCUUCUAUGAACAUCUCUGAGCCGAUCUCAGUGACUCUCCCCACUCGGGUGUCGGAAGCGAUUGGCGCGGCCUCCGCUACCACAGCCCCGACUGUGUCCUCUCCAACGUGGAGCACAAGUGUGGAUGCAGGUGCUGCCACAAAUAAACCCCCAGCCCAGGUAGGAGAGACGAAGACAAGCGAGAGAGAGGCCCAAGAAGGGUGCGAAUCUGAAGUCCGGCCCCCAGAGCAGGUGGCUGCUGCCGAAGCAGAAUCGCCGGGAGAGGAGGAGCAGCCCGCCCCCAGCGGUCAGAGUAAGGCUGUGCCUUGUGGACAGGCUCAGACAGGAGCAGUUCCCCAUGACCCCCCUCAGGAGUCCAUUCCUGUCAGUUCAGUCUCUCUUAUCCCGCCGCCACCACCUCCGAAAAAUGUUGCCCGCCUGUUGGCGCUGGCAUUAGCGGAGUCUGCACAGCAAGCCUCCACCCAGCCCUCGAAGAGACCAGGGGCUUCCCAGGCUGCUCCCACGAACUACGGAGACCUAGCGGCAGCUGCAGCUGAAGACAGACUGCCGGGUUCCCACUCUCACGUUCCUCUCGAUAAAGCCUACUUCCCGACCGACAGGCCUGCAGAGCAGUUCGUCCUCCAGAACAGUGCACCUGGGACCUGUGACCAGCUCGUACCAGACACAGCAGCUGUCAGGGAUCGCACCCAUCCCAGUGCGAUGGAGCCUGGGGAGCAGCUCCACCAGGCAGACUUCCAGCCCCAUCGCCCCUAUUUACCUGGGGACCCAGAAAAGGCCAGAAUCACGGCAGUUCCCUUAACAGAGUUGAAGUGUGACGAUCACAUCAUUUUCCCUGAAGACCAGGCUGGGAAGACCACUGUGCCAACUGUCUCCUUUGCGGAUCAGGACCAACCUCAAGUUCAUUUCUACAGUGGAGAUCAGCCUCCUUCUUAUCUUGGUGCAAGCGUGGAUAAGCCCCAUCACCCCUCACAAUUUGCAGACAAAUCUUCCACACCUUCUAAUUUGCCAAGGGACAAAAUCUACGCUCCCUCUGGGUCCCCUGAAGAGAAUACCAGCACGGCCACCCUGGCUUACAUGACAAUGGCUCCAGCAACAGCUGACGUCAGCACCAGGGAAGUCCACUGGGAUGUGGCUGAACAGCCCACCGCAGUGGACUUUGCUGCCGCCACCCUUCAGCGUCCUCAUAGAACCGGCCGUCCCCUCCCUCCACCUCCUUCCCAAAGAGCAGCAGAGCAGUUAUCAGCUGUGGGGCAGGUACCAGCAGCCACCAGCAUAGGACCAAAUAAUUCGCACAAGGUUCAAGGAGCACUUCCAGUUCCAGAGAGGCCACCGGAACCCAGAGCCGUGGACGACUCUGCUCCUGUCCUUGUCGGCGAUGGCAGCACUGCUGCUCCAUGUCCCGUCUCUGCUCCCGCUCUCCAGCCAGGCCUUCCUGAAAAGGGGUGGGAAGGCUCCAGGGCCCCGCCGCUGCACCUGCGCGCUGAGUCUGUCCCUGUGCACGCCCCCUGCGGCUUCACUGCCCCGGUGCCUCCCACCAGGACGAUGGAGAGUAAAGUUGCUGCUGCCAUUCACUCCAACAGUGCAGAUGCGACCAGCAGUUCCGGUUACCAUCCCUUUGUCUCUGCUUCUUCAGCCUCUGUGGAGGAUAUUUUGCCUUUGCCAAUUCCUGUCCCGCAGCCUAAGCAUGCUUCUCAGAAAACUCCUUACUCCAGCUUUGUGAGGCCUGAUGCCACCACUGAACCCUUCGGUCCAGACAACUGUGUGCAUUUCAGUAUGACUCCAAACUGCCAGUACCGUCCCCAGAGUGUGCCUCCACAUCACAAUAAAGUGGAGGCACACCAAGUGUAUGGGUCCAGAUCCGAGCCACCAGCCUCCAUGGGCCCUCGUUAUAACACAUACGUGGCCCCAGGGAGAAGUGCGUCUGGACACCACUCCAAGCCAUGCAGCCGGGUCGAGUAUGUGUCUUCGUUGAGCUCGUCUGUCAGGAGUGGUUGUUACCCUGAAGAAAUUCCCCCGUACCCUACCAUCCGGAGGGUGCAGUCUCUCCACGCCGCCCCAUCCACCAUGAUUCGCUCAGUUCCCAUCUCGCGGACAGAAGUGCCCCCAGACGACGAACCAGCCUACUGCUCCAGACCCCUGUACCAGUAUAAGCCAUAUCAGUCCUCCCAGGCGCGCUCGGAUUACCACGUAACUCAGCUCCAGCCUUACUUUGAGAACGGUCGGGUCCACUACCGGUACAGCCCCUACUCCAGUUCUUCCAGCUCCUAUUACAGUCCCGAGGGGGCGCUGUGCGACAUGGACGCCUACGGCACCGUGCAGCUGAGGCCCCUGCACCGCCUGCCCGGCCGCGAGUUCGCUUUCUACAACCCUCGGCUGCAGGGAAAGAACGUGUACGGCUACGCUGGCUUUCCUCCGCGUCCCCGGGCCACCGUGACCGGCUAUUUCUCCGGUAACGACCAUAACGUGGUCAGCAUGCCUCCAGGCGCUGACGUAAAGCACACUUACACCUCCUGGGAUUUUGAGGACAUGGAAAAGUACCGCAUGCAGUCCAUCCGGAGAGAGAGCCGGGCUCGGCAGAAGGUGAAAGGGCCCGUCAUGUCCCAGUACGACAACAUGGCCCCCGCUCUGCAGGACGACAUGGGCGGGAUCUACGUCAUCCACCUGCGCAGUAAAUCCGAUCCUGGGAAAACUGGACUUCUCUCGGUGGCCGAGGGGAAGGAGGGGCGGCCCCCGGCCAAGGCCCUCAGUCCCGAGGGAGGUGACCGCUUCUACAGGAAGCACCCGGAGGCAGAGUUCGACAGAGCCCAUCACCACGGGGGACACGGCAACGGGCAGGCGGAGAGACCGUCCCUCCCGCAGAAGCAGAGCAGUCUCAGGAACAGGAAGCUCCACGACCUGGGCUGCAGUCUCCCUGAGCACAGGGCGCAUCAGGAAGCAAGCCAUAGGCAACUGUGUGAGUCCAAAAACGGGCCGCCCUACCCCCAGGGGGCUGGCCAGGUAGAUUAUGGGUCCAAAGGGAUUCCAGACGCUUCUGAGCCCGUCAGCUUCCAUAACUCUGGAGGGAAGUACAUUACAGCAGGGCAGGAGUCUCUAAGACUGAACCACAAAGAGGUAAGGCUCUCCAAAGAGCUGGAGAGGCCUCGGGCGAGGCAGCCCCCUGCCCCAGACAAACACUCCAGAGACUGCUACAACGAGGAGGAGCACCUCGGCCAGUCCACAGUCCCGCCCCCUAAACCGGAGAGGAGUCAUAGCCUGAAGCUGCACCAUACCCAGAACAUGGAGAGGGACCCUGGGGUGCUGUUCCAGUACCAAGCACACGGCAAGCGCCAGAGUGGCAUGACUGCCAUGUCACAGUACGACAACCUGGAGGGCUACCACUCUCCGCCUCAGCCCCAGCGAGGAGGCUUUGGAGGAGGAGCCGUGGGGCCCUACGUGCCCUCUGGCUUUCCCCUCCCACAGAACAGGACCUACGCCACAGCUUUGGGGCAGGGGGCCUUCCUGCCCACAGAGCUGGCCUUGCAGCACCCUGAAACGCAGGUCCAUGCGGAAUGAGCCCUGAGAGCAAUAGAGUUGAAGCAGCCUCUGCUGGACAGUGGACUGUUCUAUUUUUUUCAGUAAC